GAUGAAGGAACCUUUUCCUCCGACACAUUGUAAAACAGACAGUUUUCCACAUUCAGACAAAACAAAACCCACUGUUCUUCUUUCUUUCUUUGACGUUCUUUAAGUUUAAGCCUCUUUCUCUCUCUCUCUCUCACACACACACUCUCAUCAUGCUCAUUUCAAAACGACACCGUAUUCUCCAUAACACUUCCACCUCUCUCUAUAUAUAUGCUUCCUCUUCCAACCGUUCACUCCAAAUUCAUUCUCCAUGGAAGUAACCUUCGCCAUCGCUGUCUUCGUGCCACUCAUUAUCGCCGGAGCUUCCUCGGCCAGGGAGCUCCGGCCGUCGGACCACGGCCUCACCUUCCAGACACUCUCGCCGGCAGGGCCGCAUUCCUCGCCGGAGAUGCGAUCCUUCUUCAACAGCGCCAACUCCUCUCCGUCCAUGUCCUCCUCCUCCGACGUCGCACUUCCACGUGCCAUGGACUCCGGCGAAGCCUCCCCGCCGGCGUGGUGGCAAACCGACGGAGGCCACUCCGUCGAAGGCGUGGGAAAGGCGCUGACGAUGGCGAGCUUGGGGUGCGGCGUGGCCGGCGCGGUUCUGCUUGUGGCUUCGGGUUUGAUCUAUUUGUUAAAGUACCGAAACAGAAACAGAAACAGAAAGCAGAAGUUAAACGCAGCGUUUUGCGGUGAGAAUGAGAAUCGCGGUGAAAAUAUUGAUGAGGAAAACAACAAGUUGCAAUUGGUGGUACGCAACCCUUGAGUUCUUGAUUUCAUUUUGAUUUUUUGCUUGUUUCCCACUAGCUAUGUAUGAUUCCACGUUGCAUGUAAAGGGUAGCUGUUCUAAAUUUAUGACUUUAUAUAAUAUUAUUUGUUUAUCUAUUUUACUUUUUUCUAUUCA